AACAUUUUUGUUCCGGACCUCGACGACGUCAAAACAGGAAGACGAAUAAAAACAAGAUGGCGUUUGAGGAAGAAGACGUUGUCGUCGUUAUUACAGUUUGUCCACUGUAAUCCUAAACGUACGUGUGCACGUAUACGUUGUUUAAUAGAGUAGACUUCUUUGAUGAUUGUUUUGUAUUCCGAUACAUUAGUUGGAGCGCACUUUGAAGUGAUCGACACGGUGUUGUGAUCGUGGGAAAAUGUCUAAAUUACAAAUGUUGAGGGCGCUGGUGAAUCGGCGACUGGCGGCCGCCGUUGGAGAAAUAUUCGAGGUGUUCGAAAGAACGAUAGCGGAGUACGAAGACGAGCUUUCGAGGACGAAAGCGGAGAAGGAGCGACAACGUCAACUACUGGACGCUGUUUUCAAGAAACAUCAAGUUGUGUCACACGGAACAGAGGUCUGUGAAGAACAUUUUCUCCCUGCGCGGCAAGAGCCGAGCUUCGGGAUGGAGCAGGAGGAGCCACAGCCCUUCAACACUGAAGAGGCGCCACAGACACUGCAAAUCAAACGGGAAGAGGAGGACCCACUGACCCCUCUUUUCAAAGAGGAAGAGGAGGGACUCAGCAUCAGUCAGCAGGGAGAGCAUCUUGAAGCACUGGAGGAGGUAGAUGUCACCAAGAUGCCAGUGACUGGUGUCUCUGUGAGGAGUGAAGGUGAUGAGGUCAAAGGUGAGAGUGAGGAGCAGAGAGAGGCGGAGCCUCCGAGCAGCAGAUCAACUCAACACAUGACAACAGAAGCUGAUGGAGACAAGCUCUUAGCUCCACUAUCAGAUAGUGACAUUGAGGCUCAUGAUAAAGUCUCUAAAGAUGAUAAGACAUGUCACAGCGACAACACACGCUUCAAAUGUUCUCACUGUGACAAAACUUUUAAACACCGUUGGAGUCUGAAAAUACACACGAGGAUACACACCGGAGAAAAACCUUUUUCCUGCUCAGUUUGCGGCAAAAGUUUUGCACAAAGAACAUAUUUGAAAGUACACAUGAGUACGCACACUGGAGAAAAGCCUUUCAUCUGCUCGGAAUGCGGCAAAGGUUUUGCAACUAAAAGUGCGCUGAAAGGACACACGAGAACACACACCGGGGAAAAGCGUUUUUUUUGUUCAUUCUGUGCAAAGGGUUUUGCACAUAAAAGCGUGCUGGAAGAACAUACAAGAGUGCACACUGGAGAAAAACCGUGUUGCUGUUCAAUCUGCGGCAAAUGUUUUGUGCAUCGCAACUCUUUAAAAGUGCACAUCCGAACGCACACGGGAGAAAAACCGUUCACAUGCUCAAUCUGUGGGAAAGGUUUUGUGGAAAGUACCAACCUGAAAGUACACAUAAGAACACACACCGGAGAACGACCUUUUUCCUGUUCAAUCUGCGGCAAAGAUUUUACUCAAAGGAACCAUCUGAAAGCACACAUGAGAACACACUGGUGAACAACCAUAUUAAUGUACGAGCUGCAACAAAAGUUUUUGUCACCUAUCUGAACUUGUAAAACAAACAUGAGAACACACACAAGAGAGAAAAUGUUGAGUUGCAGUGUGUGUGGUGAAAGAUUCUCUUCUAAGUCCCAGUGUAAGAAACACAAGUGUGCUGGUGAGAACAGCAGCAGCAAAUGAAGAUGCAGGAUUUGAAAUAAACGGUCAAAAUAUUGACUUUGACUUUCUAACAACAUCAGCACAUAUAACGUGUGUGACAUCAUUGUUGUGUGUGUAACACAAUCUUGUUAAUAUGAUUCUAACAUUUAUAGUCAAGUGUUUUUGCUUUUUUCGCUGUGCUUAUCCCACACUUAAAAGGAUGUACCAAUGUUGAAUAUGGCUUCUGGAUUUCACUCUAAAGACCAGACCGUUGUUAUAAUUUUUCCUUUUAUUUUCCUUUAGUUUGCAACAGUUUCUUUUAAGGGGAACAUUAUCACAAUUUCAAAAGGGUUAAAAACAAUGAAAAUCAGUUCCCAGUG